AUGGCCAUGUCCACUAAGGAACUCCGGCGUCUCUCAAUUCAAUUGAAUUGUACCCGAUUUCCGCAUGCUUCAGUGAUAUACCGGCGAUGUCGACUCAGGAAGACAACCAUACGACAGUAUGCCACUACAGAUACUUCCAAAUACGACUUCAAGGAGGCUCCCAGAAUUAAUCCUGUUGGAAUUCAACAUCUUAGUCAAUCUCUGCAUUCCCAAUUAUUUGGAAAUAAGAAACACAGUUUUAAAGAAGAUGCCAUGACCCCCGAGGAGAGAACACAUUUAAUCGACCUAUCCAAGCAAUUAUUAAAGUCACAUGGGUUAUUGGGUAAGAAAACUGCCAUUUCAGAACCUAUUUCCUUUGAACUACCCAAGUUGCAGGGAAAUUCGCUAGAUGAGCAUUUUCAAAAAUUGGGUCAUUUUGCAUCUGAACCAUAUAAGACUAUGGCAGUUAAUAAGUUUACUACAGUUUUACCAAAGCCUAAUAAAUGGAUACGAACGGCCGGGUGGAUGAAAUAUGAACCUGGAAAGGCACCUGUGGCUGUCCCAUUCCCUGAAGAAAAUACCCUAGUGUUUGAUGUGGAGACAUUAUAUAAAAUCUCACCGUAUCCCACGUUGGCUACAGCUUUAUCUGAUAAAGCAUGGUACGCAUGGUGUUCACCAUUUAUAUGUGAUGAAGGUAAUAACAGCUCGUUUAAACAUCUGAUACCUUUGGGUGAGAACACAAAAGUUGAAAAACUAAUCAUUGGUCAUAACGUUGGAUAUGAUAGAGCUAGAGUACAAGAGGAAUAUAAUUUCAACCAUUCGAAAUUCUUUUUUUUAGAUACACAAUCAUUACAUGUUGCUUCAUCUGGUUUAUGUUCAAGACAGAGACCAUUAUUUAUGCAAAUGAAAAAAAGAAGAAAGGAAAAGGAAGAAGAACAAUUGCAACAGGAGACAGAAUCUGAAGAGGAUGGUAUAAAUGGUAUUUCCACUACUACAUUAAAUACUCUAGAGGAGGAGGAGGAUCCUUGGCUAAAUAUAUCUACAAUGAAUUCAUUAAGCGAUGUAGCGUUAUUUCAUUGUGGUAUCAAGAUGGACAAAGAGCCUAGAGACUUUUUUGCAUCGUUGGACAAACAAGUUGUUAUCGAUAACUUUCAAAAAUUAGUCACUUAUUGUGCCACUGAUGUGGAAGCAACUAGUCACGUUUUUGAUAAAGUUCUUCCACGUUUCCUAAAGAAAUGUCCACAUCCAGUAUCUUUUGGGGCCUUGAAGACUUUGAGUAGCUUUAUCUUACCAACAAGACGAGCAGAAUGGGAUGAUUAUAUUAAUAGGUCAGAAAAGUUAUACCAAGAAUCCAAAUUAGAAAUUGAAAGAAAAAUAAUUUUAAUUAUUGAAGAACUUGUUAAGAUCAAAGAUGACCCAGUAAAACUCGAUCAAAUUAAGGAUGACCCAUGGUUGAGACAGUUAGAUUGGACCAUUAAGCCAUUAAGACUCACUAAAAAGGGAGUCCCCGUGAAGGGACAAAAACUUCCAGGUUAUCCUGAAUGGUAUAGGUCAUUAUUCCCUAGUAAGACUUCUCAGCAACCUCAAAUUACGAUUAAGUCAAGAAUAAUCCCAAUAUUUUUCAAAUUAUCAUGGGAGGGCCAUCCAGUGUUCUUUACUAAGGAAUCAGGAUGGUGUUUCCCCAUUCAUAAAGAUGAGUUUGAAAUGUUUCAGAAGAAAAACUAUGUUGUUGCGGAUGAGGAUUCAAUUUCCCAAUAUCGAGAACUAUCCCAUUCAAUUGAUGAUAAUGGAGACAGUGAUCAAAUUUUGCUAAAAGUGCCCCAUCCAAAUGGUCCAACUUUUAAUUGUACCACAUUAUUAAGUAAACCAUACAUUCAUUAUUUUGAGAAAAACGUAUUGACAUCUGAUUCAGAAUUAGCCCAUCAGGCCCUAAAUAUGAAUUCUUCAGGGUCAUAUUGGAUGGCUGCAAGAGAAAGGAUAAUGUCGCAGUUUGUGGUUAGCGGCAAAGACUUUAAUAAAGAGUUUAAUCCAUUGUCUAAUAAAGUUAUUGGCACACCUGGCGAGAAGGAAGAAUUAGGUAUUAUUCUCCCCACUGUAAUUCCUAUGGGGACUGUUACUAGAAGAGCUGUGGAAAAUACAUGGUUAACAGCUUCCAAUGCCAAGGCGAAUAGAAUCGGUUCCGAAUUGAAAGCUCAGGUUAAAGCCCCAAAGGGAUAUUGUUUCGUGGGGGCUGAUGUGGAUAGUGAAGAAUUAUGGAUUGCAUCAUUAGUUGGCGAUUCUGUUUUCAACAUUCAUGGUGGUACAGCCAUUGGGUGGAUGUGUUUGGAAGGUACGAAGAAUGAGGGAACUGAUUUACAUACAAAGACUGCGGAAAUCUUGGGUUGUUCUCGUAAUGAAGCUAAGAUAUUUAACUAUGGUAGAAUUUAUGGUGCCGGUGUGAAAUUUGCAGGUACUUUACUUAAGAGGUUCAAUCCAUCAUUAUCAGAUGAUGAAGCCAAGAAGACAGCCAUCAAAUUAUAUGAAAAUACUAAAGGUAAGACCAAAAGGUCAAGAAUCUUUAAGAAAUUUUGGUAUGGUGGUUCAGAAUCCAUUUUAUUUAAUAAAUUGGAGAGUAUUGCAGAGCAAGAUGAACCAAAGACCCCCGUUCUUGGUUGUGGGAUCACUUUUUCCUUAAUGAAACGUAAUUUGAGGGCGAAUUCCUUUUUGCCAUCAAGAAUCAAUUGGGCCAUUCAAUCAUCUGGUGUAGAUUAUUUGCACCUACUUUGUUGUUCGAUGAAUUAUCUUAUCUUGAAGUAUGGACUCGAUGCCCGUCUAACAAUUUCGAUCCAUGAUGAAAUCAGGUAUUUAAGUUCUGAGAAGGAUAAAUAUAAAGUUGCCAUGGCAUUACAAAUCAGCAACAUUUGGACGAGAGCCAUCUUUUGUGAACAAAUGGGUAUUGAUGAUUUACCACAAAAUUGUGCAUUUUUCUCUGCUGUUGACAUCGACCAUGUUAUGAGGAAGGAGGUUAAUAUGGAUUGUAUUACAUUAUCAAAUAAAGUUGCCAUACCACACGGUGAAAAUUUGGAUAUUAAUAAGUUGUUGUCAAUGGAAGGUUCUCGAUUGGAAAGUAGUGAUGCUAUCGAUACCGUCGAUGUAUCAUCAUUACCAUAUAAGUAUCGUGAACCUGUGUUUUCUCAAUAUAACCGAGCGUACACGAAGGAUUUCUGGCAGUAUUUCCUACGGAUGCAAGUGCAAGAUAGUAAAUGGAAGGUGGAUGGGUUAGAGACAGAAUAUAUUCGAUUGAAGACUAGUAAUGAUUUCUAUAAGCAUGGUUAUACGUCUGAGUAUGGACUUUUAGAUUAUUUAAAGGAUGUGAAGAUGGGUAAGAGGAGGAAGAAGAGUAUUAUGGAAAAUUCAUUUUUGCAAGAUUUAAUUGAGGUUGAAUCAUCUGACCAUGGUGAUAUCUUACCUGAAAAUGAACUAGACACAGAAAAUUAUUCCAUAUUGCAUGCGAUUGCAUCUGAAAGACCUGCAGUAGUAGCUAAGUAA